UUGGCCAUGGAAACCCAUUCCAUGAAGCUCUCUAUUGCACUGUUGUGCUAAUCUGAAGGCCACACAAAGUUUGGUGGUCUUUAGCUAUUGACUCUGUAGACAGUUGGCGACUUCUGUGCACUGUAUGCUUCAGCUUGGUCUACCACUUCGUGGCAGAGUUGCUGUUGUUCCCAGUUGCUUCCACUUCAUUAUAAUACCACUAACAGUUGACCAUGGAAUAUUUAGUAACAAGGAAACUUCACGGAUGGACUUAUUGCACAGGUGGCAACCUAUCACGGAACCACGCUUGAGUUAACUGAACUCCUGAGAGCGACCCAUUCUUUCACAAAUGUUUGUAGAAGCAGUCUGCAU